AUGUCCAGUGGCCCUGGUCUUGAGUCACUUGUUGAUCAAACAAUUUCAGUUAUCACAAAUGAUGGACGGAAUAUUGUGGGAGUCUUGAAAGGCUUUGACCAAGCUACAAAUAUCAUUCUCGAUGAAUCUCAUGAACGUGUUUUCUCUACAAAGGAGGGUGUUCAGCAACUCGUGUUGGGGUUGUAUAUAAUCAGAGGUGACAACAUAAGCAUUGUUGGGGAACUAGAUGCAGAUCUUGAUUCUACUGUUGACUGGUCGAAUAUGAGAGCUUAUCCCCUCAAGCCUGUCAUCCACUGA